GCCAUCUUGGUCGGAGGCGCGGAUUGAAUGAGCCCGCUGAUCCGCGGCCGCCGUCCCGAGCCGCGCGGGCCCCGAGCCGUCGGUGCCACCGCCGCCGCCAUGGCCCCGCCGUUGCCCGGACGCGCGGGCGGGCUCGCCACGCCGCUGUCCCCCACGCGCCUGUCACGACUGCAGGAGAAGGAGGAGCUGCGCGAGCUCAAUGACCGCUUGGCGCAUUACAUCGACCGCGUCCGCGCGCUCGAGCUCGAGAACGACCGGCUCCUGCUGAAGAUCUCCGAGAGGGAGGAGGUGACCACGCGCGAGGUGAGUGGCAUCAAGACAUUGUACGAGUCAGAGCUGGCUGACACCCGCAGACUGCUGGAUGAGACAGCCCGAGAGCGCGCCCAGCUACAGAUCGAAAUAGGGAAACUGAAGGCUGCAGUGGAAGAGGCCAACAAAAGCUCCAAGAAGAGGGAGGGCGAGCUCACAGUGGCCCAGGGCCGCGUGAAGGACCUGGAGUCCCUGUUCCACCGGAGUGAGGCUGAGCUGGCUGCUGCCCUCAGUGACAAGCACAGCCUCGAGAAUGACAUGGCUGAGCUUCGGACCCAGCUGGCCAAGGCAGAGGAUGGUCACUCAGUGGCUAAAAAGCAGCUGGAGAAGGAGACGCUGAUGCGCGUGGACCUGGAGAACCGCUGUCAGAGCCUGCAGGAGGAGCUGGACUUCCGCAAGAGUGUCUUCGAGGAGGACGGGGUCACCGUGCUCUGUCCCCAGGAGGUGCGGGAGACACGGCGGCGGCACGAGCGGCGCCUGGUGGAGGUGGACAGCAGCCGACAGCAGGAGUACGACUUCAAGAUGGCUCAGGCGCUGGAGGAGUUGCGCAGCCAGCACGACGAGCAAGUGCGUCUGUACCGCCUGGAGCUGGAACAGACCUACCAGGCCAAGCUGGAAAAUGCCAAGCUGAGCUCUGACCAGAACGACAAGGCCGCCAGCGCUGCCCGUGAGGAGCUGAAGGAGGCGCGCGUGCGGGUUGAGUCCCUCAGCUACCAGCUGUCUGGCCUCCAGAAGCAGGCUAGUGCAGCUGAGGACCGGAUCCGCGAGCUGGAGGAGGCUAUAGCCGGGGAGCGUGACAAGUUCCGGAAGCUGCUGGACGCCAAGGAGCUGGAGAUGACGGAGAUGCGGGACGUGAUGCAACAGCAGCUGGCCGAGUACCAGGAGCUGCUGGAUGUCAAGCUGGCCCUGGACAUGGAGAUCAGCGCCUACCGCAAGCUGCUGGAGGGCGAGGAGGAGAGGCUAAAGCUGUCCCCUAGCCCUUCAUCGCGGGUCACCAUCUCAAGGGCAACUUCAGGCAGCAGCGGCAGCAGUGUGGCCACGGCAGGGCGCUCAGGCCGCAGCAAGCGGAGACGGCUGGAGGCUGAGGAGCCACCAGGCAUGGGCUCCAUCAUCGGCUCUAGUGGCAGUGGCGGCAGUAGCAGCACUGGCAGCAGCUUCCACCUGGCCCAGCAGGCCUCGGCCUCAGGCAGUGUCAGCAUCGAGGAGGUCGAUUUGGAGGGCAGGUUUGUGCAGCUGAAGAACAGCUCUGACAAGGACCAGUCUCUGGGGAACUGGAAGGUCAAAAGGCAGGUCCUAGAAGGGGAGGAGAUUGCUUACAAGUUCACACCCAAGUACAUGCUGCGCGCUGGCCAGACCGUCACGGUGUGGGCAGCUGGUGCGGGGGUGGCCCCCAGCCCCCCUUCGACGCUCGUGUGGAAGAGCCAAAACAGCUGGGGCACUGGCGAGAGCUGCCGAACCAUCCUGGUCAAUGCCGAUGGGGAGGAAGUGGCCAUCAGAACAGUGAAGCGGUCCUCAGUGGUGCGGGAGGCUGAGAACGGGGAGGAGGGAGAAGAGGAAGGAGCUGAAUUUGGCGAGGAGGAUCUUUUCCAUCAGCAGGGUGACCCGAGGACCACCUCACGAGGCUGCCGCAUGAUGUGAAUGGAAUAUGCCUCCUCAUACAUCUUUCUUUACCCAGAGCCACUGAAAACUAUUUUUAUAUCAUUGGCUUUCUUUAGUCCUUGAUACAUUUCUAGAGGAUUUUUAAGCAAACUGCCAGAAUGUGGGGGUGGGUCUCUGUUGCUGUGUCCUAUCAGUGGGUUUCCAUGGACCCCCCCACCUCUUCACCACUGUUCAGACUUUUUUCAAUGACAGUUCCCCUGUUGGUUAGAUUCAAGGCCCGGGAACCUAACGGCUGAUGGAUUUUGGCUUGGAGGCUGGAGGGCCUGCCCCACGGGCCUGGAGGUGGGCAGAGGAACUGUGGAGGGAUCCAGUAGUUGUUUGUGUUACUAAGCUUUUAAAAACCAAAUUCAGAAUCCAGGUUCCUGCCUGGCAGUGUCAGGGGUGUCCCCUGUGAAGUUUGGCGGCUCAGCCAACUGGAAACCGGAAUGCAGUGUUGGGACACGUGGGAGUCGCAGGUUCCCAACUCUUGCGCUGAUGGCAUUGGGUUGCAGACCAGGCGUGUCUGCCUGUGUGAAUCGGGGCACCGUGGGGAGGCUUCUCUGUUCCCUUUCUGGUACCUGACCUUUGUGCUUCUGGUGCAAGACCAGCAGGACAGGAGAGAAGGAAACCUGGGCACAGGGACACUUCCCAUCAAAGAUUUGUCACCAGUGAGGGGACAAGUUUGACAACCUCGGCAGCAAACACCUCGGGUUUCAGAACAGUGUCCAUGUGUAACAACCACUUUCUGCCCUCCUGCUGGGGAUACUGGCUUCAGGGUGAGGCAGUGGACCGUCCCACCUGUGCCUAGGGCUGUGUGCCGCCACCUGCCGUCUCAUAUAUAUUCUUAUGCAUAUAUAUUGCUAACCUCGCUUCUGUCUGUACUGCUCUUGCUGAAAUGAUGUUACUCAGACAGGCCACCACCAGCUGACCCCUUUAGGGUGGCUCCCCAUUACACAGGCCAUCUCUGGCCGCCCAGCGACCCCCUCUGCAUUAGUCUGCUAUUUACACCCCUCACCUAGCUACACAGAAGUUAUUUUUUUAAUGGAUAUUUAUUUUUUUACAUUGGUCAGUACUCAGAUUGCCGAUCCUGCUUCAGGGGCUCAGGCCAGGGUCCCGGGGACACCCCUUUGGGGGGGUCGUGUUGGGGCCUGUUUCGGUGAGCUCUGAACCCCAGACAGCAAACUCCUUCCAGAAGCACAGCUCGAGUCCUAUAGACGCAGUACUGAGCCUUGGUGACAUGCUACCCGAGCAGGCCGGGAGCUGCGUGCCUGCCCUGUCCUGGGUGCAUCCCGGGGCCUGGCUUUCCUUAGGAAUUGCUUAGGGCCAGGAGAGUGCUGGCUGACUACCCAAGUGAGCUAGCUGUCUUGUCUCAAGUCUGCCUGCAUCCCUUGCUUUAUGGGUCUUUGCAGGUCUGGGUUCUUCCCAUAGCCACCCUGUGUUCCCAACCAUGGAGGGAGCAUCAGAAUAACUUAACAGAAGGUUCUGGUGGGCCCCCGGAGGGCUUGCCUACCUUGGCAACGCAGCACCCUGUACCCCAUGUGUGACCUUUCCCGGGAGUGCUUCCAGGGCCCCUGAGGCUGCGGACUGUCGCCGUCCCCACCCCCUUAGCAGGAACCAUGUGACACAGGCUGGAGAGGGUGAGACACAGCCCUGGGAAGGUGAGUCUUAGUGGCUUCCAGAUGUGGGGCACUGACAUCCUGACACUGGGAACCUUGGGGAUCAGAGCUGUCUUGGAAUUUUGGUCUGUGAUUUCUGAAACAUUCUGCCUGGCUGAGCUUGUGGACAGGAAGGGAGGGGUGAGGGCCUGGGCGGCAACUGGGGUGCUCCUGGAAGUUUGGGGGAAUGGCAGCUGGACUGGGUGCCCAGUUGGCGACUGGAGGUUGGUGACGCUCAUGAAUAAUCAAGCAUUUGGAAACAUGGGGCAGAAUCGUGUGACAUUGCUGACAAUGUCCUGGGAAACGGGGAAACAGUGCAAAUGUACUUAAGCUUAGCUCAAAGCCACUUAGAAUGAUGGGGGAGAGGCUUCUGUGACUGAGCCCAGCACCUCUCCUAGAGAAGGACUACCCUGACGCCCUCCCACCUUUGGAGCCAGGGCUAGGUGCCUACCUAGAACACAAUAGCUCGGUCCUAGUCAAAGCUGAUGCAGAGACCUGGCAGUUCUGCCCACAUUGGCACAGCCGAGCAGCUGAUGCUUCUCCAGGUGGCACAUCACACCAGCACAUGUGCACACGGGGCAGUGGCAUCAGCUUCCAGAACUGCGGCUGGACUCCCUUCCAGACAGGUGGUGGCAACUUUUAGGUGCAUGCCAAAUGUGUGGUCCUUUUUUUCCUCCCAUGAUUUGUAAUACACAUUUUCUGAUUAAACUUUUUUGUACAACACUCCAAUAAACAUUUUGCUUUUAA